AUGGGGCGUGGAUUGUACGAUUCCUGCACAAUAAAGCUGUUCCUCUGGGCCACACUGGCAGCCUGCAUCCCACACACCAGUGUGAUCGCCCAAGGCAACAGCUCGCCCUUCAACAUCUGCAUCUCCACCCUUGUGCCAAUAGUCAGGUGCAAAGCCUCUGAACCCCAGUCCAGAUAUACCGGGUACCACAUCGACUUGGUUGCUGACCUGACCAAGAGGCUGGGUUUCGACAACUACACCCUCGAUUGCCGCGACUUCAAGUCGAUUCUGGAGGAUCUCCAAAAGGACAACGAGAAUGAGACGACCUGCGACAUGGUGGCAUCCGGCAUUACCAGGUCGACAGAUAGACAGGAAGCGGGAAUAAAAUUUACCUACCCCACAUACCGAGCCAGUCUUGGCAUAAUGACUCUUGCCAAGGUGAGGGAAGGCUCGAGUUGGGGUUUCUUGAGGCCCCUGCAUUGGUCCGUGUGGGUGGCCACAAUCGCCACAGCCCUGGUCAUCCCCUGGCUCGUGUUCGUUGUGGAGAGCCUGGCUUGCCACGGGUUCAUACACAAGGGCGACUGGCUGCAGGGCCUCAAGGAUGCCACCUACGACAGCUUCGCCGCCUUAGUCAAUUUUGGGCAUUAUGAGGUGCACUCGACAGCAGCCCGCGUGGUGGUGAUGGCCUAUGGCUUCCUGGUGCUGAUCAUAGUCAACACCUAUGUUGCCAACCUGGCUGCAUUUCUGACCAUCACGCAGGUUGACACGUUGGUGAAGGGGGUGGGUGACCUAGCGGACUUGCCAGGAAGGCGGGUGGUGUCCAUACAGGUGUACAGGGACAGGCUGGCAAGGCAGGGGAUACUGCCUGUUAUCGCUGAGCAGAACCAAGACUAUCAAGCGAAAAUGGUGGAAGACUUGAGGGCAGGCGUGUUCAGGGCAGUUGUAAUGGAUGAGCCCUGGGUGUCCUUCACAUCCAACACUGAGGGCUGUGACCUCAAGAAGCUGUCCCAGACCAUCGAACCAUUCGACUAUGCCUUCGCAUUCCCAAAGACGGCGAACGACUCGUUCGUGCAGUUGGUAUCCACACAGGUGUUGGCCCUGCAGGAGGAAGGCGUGAUGGAGACACUCGCCAUUGAGCACAUAAACAUUCCAAGGAGUGGUUGCGCAGAGGACUCUGACAUUAGCGAGACAAGGGCAGUGCACUUCGAUCAGGUGCUGGGGCUGUGGAUAAUCCUUGCAGUGGCUGUUGGGGGAGCAGCUUUCCUUUUGGUGCUCAGGAUCAAUGUGAAGAGGAAUCCACGGGCCGCGAACGUUCGGGAGGGCACAGACGUAAACGGAAGCGUGCGGCUGGCGUUUCGAAUGAACACCCUGCGGCGCAAACCGACGAUGUACCACCGGAAUGCCACAGAAGAUCUGCAAUCGAAGAGCGGGCACACUGUGAUAGACAGGGGAUUGAAAGCAGAAAUCAGUGCGUUUAGGGCCGACUUGAAUGCCAUGAAGAUGGAAAUGUUGCAGAUCAUGGCCAGCAGAAAGGUCAAUGGGGGCUUGGAACACCUACCAGAUUCGGUAGUGGACAUGGAUUGA